UUUUGGUAAAAGCCGCCAAUUAUUUUGCAAACGUAUUCGCCGAAAAAGGACAUGCGCCUUGCGCAAUUUCAAGUGUAAAACCCAAAUUGAAACCCCACAAAAGUGAGUUUUGGUUUGUGGAUCAAUGUGAAUGGAUGGUCGGUUAUUGAGCGCGCAUAAGCGGAAGGUGUUUUGGCUACAUGUAUGUAGUAGGUUUCAUGUUGCAACCAGGAAGGAUAUUAUUAAAAGCAAUGGAUGAAUUCAAAAACAUAACGCCCGCAUCGUCGGUUGUGAAAAUAUCGGCGUGCCUUGAAAAAAUUUUCAAGAAAAUCGCCGAAAGCCGGGAGAAGAAAAUAGCUGAACAUAACAUCAGGGAAAUUGAGUUUUUAAAAACGCAAUGCAAAUCGGAUAUUGUUCAACUGAGUUUACUGAGCUCCCAGACGUUUGUGCGGCUAGUAGAGGAUGGUGUCUUAGAAACUACGAAUGUGCUAACAAUGUUGAUUUCCAUGCUGCCUAACUCCAGUCCGAUGCAGUACACCACGAUCACCGAAGGAAUUGUCAGCAUACUGCUACUUGGGUUGAAACGGAAGGUUGCGCUUUUGAAAGGCAGCGAAGUAUUUCAAAGUCAGUUUGGUCUGAAAACGCAACAACAUCCCAUUAUAACAUUACUACAAAAUCCAUCGGUGAACAUAAAUGACGUGGCCAACAAAAUUGUCGGUAUUUGCAAUCAUCAUGAUCAGCAAAUAAAGGAGCACAGCGUUGAAUAUUUAAGGCCGGUUUUCUUUUAUAUACUCUGUAAUCCACAGACAUUGCCCGAUUCAAAGACUAUUUGGACUGGCUUACUGUCAUUAAGCAAAACAAACCUCGUCGCUAAACAGCUGGUGCAAGAAAUCUUCUUGUGGAGUAAAUUUAACUCUUCAACAACAUGUCUGUUCACAAGCAUACUACUAAUUGAAGCUAUAGAACACUGCCUUAACUGUAACGAUUUUACCACCGCCAUUGAUUUGUGCAUUUUCCAAGCGUUGAUAGUAAACAAUCUUACCAAAUACGGCAUCGAUCCACGUCCCAGUCUUCACUGUUUAUUACGUGUGUUGCAUAGUACACGCGAGCAUACUGUGAAUCACUACAAUGUGCUGCUCAUACUCUUCGCCGAGUCUCUGCAUCUUCUCUCCCCAAAUUAUUUGCAUGAUUUACUGCGCUUAAUUGCCUUCAUAGUGGUGCAAGAAAGCUGUGGGAAUCAAUACAUUCUGAACAUGUGCCUCGAUGGUAUCAUCCAGUGGAUGUCUCAGACUGCAUUCAUACCCGCAGAAGGUCUGGCACUCGCUCACCAAAUUGUGCGGAAAAUACUUGCCCAAGGCAAGGAAACAAAAAACUUUACGGUACACACGAAUGAUUUACAAGCAGGACAAGUUCGCUACAUGCAUCCGGAUAUUGCUAUUGCCUUCGAUCUAGCCAAGUUGGUGGAAUCUUUUGACGAUUCUGAAUUUAAAGAUGUAUUCGCAUUUGUUGACGUACUCAAUGUUAAAGCGAAUUCCAUGUUUUGUCAGCGAUUACAUUUGUUUUUGCGUGCGCUGUUCUUAUCGCGAGAACCAUCCGUAGAUUGUUGGUUUAAAAUUUAUGAAGUUAUUUUAGAAAUAAUCAAAGUUAACAGCGGUAUUGCUUACGAUUUUCUAAUGACAUAUAUUUUCAAAUUGGCGGCAGAGCAACAACCUGAGAUUCAAAUGGAGUUACUACGGGGUUUGCCCAGUUUUUCUGUAUCAAAGGAUAACAUACCAAUGAUUUUGAAUACAAUACGUAAUCUAACUUCCGAAAAUGCUACAUUUUGUAUGGAUCUGUAUCUGCGUUUAUGGCGUGUCGAGUCGCGCACAUAUCCUUUCUUGAUAAAACUACUAUCCACACCACAGAAAGAUGGCAGCAAGCGUUGGGAGUUCGAGAUAGCCAAAACUCAUACCAUUCGCGAAAUCUGUUAUGACAAACCGACACAUCAUGGUUCCGAUUUGGUUUCGCAUCUAUCUGAUACACUUAACUCCUGCACCGACGAUUCUGGCGACUUAGCUACUUCACUUGCUCUAGACGCUAUUGUUGCCCUUUGUGAUAGCCAUACUGUAAAUAUUGUUUCUACAUGGCGUGUGCUAAGCAACAAAUUUCGCCACGAACGACGUCCGCGUGCCUUAAAGUCACUUUAUCGAUUCUUUUCACAUAUACCGUUGCUGCACACGCCCACACUAGAAUAUGAGCAACUCGUAGAUGAAGCUCUAGAGCAACUCUGGCUUACAAUUAGCCGUACCGAUUCCGAGGCUGAAAUUGUGCGAGAAGCGCUGUCAGCUUUGAAAAGUUUUGAAAUAGGAACGCUGCUGGCAAUGCGUCACAUACCAAUUCAAUAUCGCCAGGAUAUACCAGGAGUUCGCGAGUUUAUUGGUGGUCGUGAGGUGGUUGAUUUGCAACAGGAAAUGGUGCCUGGCGAGAUUUGGGUACGUCUUCUACAAAAUAUACGUCCAGAAUGCGGAUCCGCUGUGGCAGAUUUAAUCGCACAUCAUAUAUAUGCUGAAAUUAAUAGCUACCGCAGUGGCGUCUACCGGUUGCCCGAAGGCAAGCCGGAACCACGAAAGUUGCAAGGACUCUUUCCACAGAGUCCGUUGCGUGCAGUUGUAAGCUACUUGGUAGGCCAGUCACGAUUCGGUGACCACGUAACAGAACCUCAUGUAGUGACAAAUGCACUUAGAGCAAUAUCAAAAAAAUUUCCGAAGCCCAUACCACCGCUGGAUUGGUGUUUCCUGCAUAGUUUUUUCCAUCUCUCAUUUGAGGCAAGAAAAUAUUGCAUAUUGAUCGCUAAGAACCAAUUGCUACAUUCGGGUACUGCAAAGCGCUUGUUGGAAAAUUUUCUGGCUGAUUUCGAACCGAAUUGUUUUGAAGAGGAUCUACUGCUUCUGUUCUCUUUACUACCGGAAAUUGCAAACGGCAUUAGCUUGCAAAUUUUAAAGAAUUUCGCCGAAAAAAUAGCGAUUUACAGCUUCAAAGAAUCACAGUUGAGUGGCUUUACGGAAGGAUGCCUCUUUGAAAAGUUCAUAGACAGUGUGAAGUACAUAUUUCUAGGAAAAUGUGACAUUCCAGAAGUUCUUGAUAUUUUCACGUUGAUUGUUGAGCGUUAUAUGGAUUCCAUGGAUUUGGAUUCGAGACUCUUCGAGCGUUACACAGAGGUUGUCUCCGUUCUGCAUCCCAAUUCCAUUGAUGGUCUCACAUCGCCCGUCAAUUGGUGGGAAACCCCCAUAGGUAAACUGAAAAAGGCCACCAUCAUACGCUGCUACCUGGUGCUGUAUAACACGCAGCUGCCUAACCCACUAAAAUGGCUUACACCAAUUAUCGAUGCGUAUGCCAACCGGCGUGAGGAGCAGCCAUUCUUCUUCCGCCACCUUGUUGCCACUUUAUAUGCCUUUAAUAACGAUGAACAGUCGUGCAACUGGAUCAUGGAAAUGUUUCUUCAAAUACAGGCGCUCUUAGCGGAGUCGUCCAACAAAGAAAAAUUAGAUAAAGUUUUAUAUCUUUUAGAUAUUUUCAUUUUAGCUGUGGUUGUGCUUUCCGGCUGUGCAGUGCUGUUGUGCAAUUUGGAUGCUGUGGCAACACAACGUAAAGAUCGCUUUGCGCUUUUCCCGGAGAGUAUGCAGUUUCUGUGUGAUCACGUAUUUUGGAAGGAUCAGGAGGCGAAGAUAUACGAGUUCUUGUUUAACUUGUAUAAGAACAACGCCAUUCCGGAAACAUAUGCCACCACCUUCAAGGAUGCUAUUAUAUGUUCUCGCAAUAAAUCUUACUUUGACAACAAAGGCAUCUGGACGAAAUAUGUUGGCUUGAGAAAAUGACUCUUUGAAUUUUGUACCUACCUAAAAAUGUAUGUCACUGGUGUAUAGAAAAUGGGUUCAAUUCGUUUGCAUUUUGUUUGAUGCUUGUUACUAUACACCAAGCAAAUUCAAGCUAUAGUUAUUGUUGAAAAAUAUCGCAUUUUUUUUAAUAAUAGCAUGUGCAAAGAUUUUAUUACAAUUUUUGUCAAGUCGGAGGAUGAAAAUGCUUCUGAUUACUUCCUUGAAACUAUUUUAUAUACAUAUUAGGUAAUAGUAUAACUUUAGCAUGCUUGUCUCUAAUUUAAUAUAUUUAACCUAACCUGGUCCUAAUAGACAUUUACAAUGGAGAUAAUUACAAUAAAAAAGUUUUUAAACACUGGCUCACUUA